AUGUGUGUGGGAGAGGAAGAGCAAAGCCGGGUUGCGGAUAAGAACAAUGCGGGAAAUAGGAAUCCAGCUGAGAGGGAGGGAGGGCAGGUCGAUGACCGACCAAAGCUGAACGAACAGCUACUAGCUGGAGAAGGGAUGGCGGGAUGCGGAGCAACUGCUUCAGGUCAAAUGCGACAGUGA